AUGUCCCAAAACAUAGUCAUUAUUGGUGCUGGCUUUGCCGGAGUAUGGAGCGCACUCUCGGCCAAACGUCUGCUCAAGCUCGCAAACAAGGAGAACGAGAUCGAAGUGACCGUCAUCGCCCCUGAACCAACCUUGGUGAUGCGUCCUCGACUCUAUGAGCCCAAGGCUUCCAGCCUGAUUCAUCCUCUCAAGGAGCUUUUCGAAGAAGCCAGUAUCAAGUUCAUUCCUGGCAUUGCCGAUGCGAUCCAUACUGAAGAUUACAUCGUCAACGUCCGAUCUGCUUCAGGUGUCGAAACGACCAUCAACUACGAUCGUCUCAUCCUCGCCGCCGGAAGCUCUGUCAAUCGCCCCCAAGGUAUUCCAGGUCUUGAAAAAUAUGCCUUUGAUAUUGAUUCUCUCGAAGGUGCCAUCAAACUGGAAACCCACCUCGAGGGACUUGGUGCACUGCCCGCGAGCCCCGGCCGCGACACGGUAGUUGUGUGUGGCGCUGGUUUCACGGGCAUUGAGAUUGCAGCCGAGCUGCCUCGACGUCUUGGUCAUGUUACCAAUGCGCGCGUCAUCCUCGUUGGAAAUGCAGAUGAGGUUGGCCCCGAUUUUGGAUCUGGUCCACGUCCAGCAAUUGCAUCAGCCUUGACAGAUCUCGGCGUUGAAUUCAAGCUGGGGUCUGCAGUUUCGGCUGUCGACUCAAACGGAGUAACUCUCGCGACUGGGGAGCACAUCGAAACAAAGACAGCGAUUUGGACCGCUGGAGUGAGAGCUACGCCGCUGACAGCACAAAUCCCCGGCCGGAAGGAUGCGAUGGCGCGCCUUUUUGUUGACGAAUAUCUCCGUGUUUCGACUGCAAAUGGUGUCUUUGCCACAGGUGAUGCCGCCUGUGCGAUUGCCGACGGUAAAAGCCAGUACGCUUUGAUGAGCUGCCAGCACGCUCUCAUGCUUGGCCGUGUGUCGGGUCACAAUGCUGCUGCUGCGCUCCUGGGUCAGCCUCUCAUGGAAUAUUCACAGGCUGCAUACAAUUGCUGCCUUGAUCUUGGGUCCUGGGGUGCUCUUGUUGCUAGUGGUUGGGAUAGGGAAACUAUCAAGAUUUCGGGAGAUAUAGCGAAGCGAGUGAAGUGCUAUAUCAACCAGAAGUUGAUUUAUCCUCCCGAUAGUGUCCAAGAAGCUCUGAAAUUGGCUGAUCCUAUUGGUCCUGAUUCUGACCAGCUGUUUGAACAGCUAGUUCAAGUGGUUGGAUAA